GUUCUGUGCCGUUACUGCAACUGCAACUGCUCUUCUCUGCCACCUGCACCUGCACCUGCGACAUCCCCAAACCCAAACCCAAGUCCAUCCUCAUCUCAUCUUCAACCUCAUCCAUCUCCAUCACCAUCGCCAUCGCCAUCGCCAUCUUCUUACACCACCACGGGCAGGUUUCCAUCCUCUAAUUCAUCGCCUUCGCCAUCCGCAUCAUCUUGCAGCAUUUGUCCCUCUCUCAAAUCAUCCCCGCUGUCCGUCGCUCUUUCCUCAUCUCGUGUUUUGAGAGUCACUCCUCGAUCUUGCCCUCAGAUCCCGUGACUCUGAACCCUCUUCUCUCUCACCACUCCCGCCUGUUCUGCAGAAACUUCCUGGCUAUAUCCAUACGACCGUACACAUCUACAACCCUCACUUCAUCCGACAAGCGCAAAGGCUUUACUAUCUUUGUGCCUGACGCCAGUAUCCGACUCACGAUUUAAAUUAUUUCAUGAUCACCACCCCUCGACGAUGAAGGCUCUUCGCGCGAUUCUCAUUAUUGCCAACCUUCUUUAAUCACGCCCUGUUGCGAACCCCGAUUUCUGUCACUGGUCGACACAACAAGACGGACGUUGCAACCACUUUCGACCGUUCGUGAUUCUUCCACAUCCAGGCGCAACCACCACACACCGUCAGGCUUCUGUCGCCGAUGUGACCUCGCGACGAACCGCUUGCGAUAAGGAUAGAGUGUGAUCCAAAGGUGGCGCUAAUAGAAUAUUCGUGCAGAGUGCAGAGGUUAUCUAGAGAAGAAGUCAGAUAGAAUCACCCCGACCGGUGGUUCUUAUACCAAGACCCGGACGAAAAGCGAUUGCACGGAGCCUGUUCGGUUCAUCUAAAGAUGAUGGCCCAACCGUUUCCCGCCCAUGCGGGUAUAGCCCCUGGUCAUCCAGGCAUGCAGCAUGCUCAUCCCAUGGCGGGUAUGCAGCAUCCCAGCGCUGGCCACAUGGGAGGUCAACCGCAGCCUGGUAUGAUGCAGAGCAUGCACCCAGGUGUUUCGGGCCCUCAAGUCACUCAAGGCCCCAUGGUCACUGGUAUGCCACCUGGCGCAGGGACCCCUGCACCCGGUCCUCUGCAUUCGGGCAACAUGGCAAUGGCCCAUCUGGGUCCUCAACAAGCCAUGUUUCAACAGCACAACCCACAGAUGAACUUUGGCCAGAUGCAAAUGACUCCACAACAGCAACAACUUAUGGCCCGACAAAGGAUGAUUCAGAUGCAAGCGCAACAACAACAACAGCAACACCAGGCCCAAGGCAUGCAGAUGAUGCCUAAUGGACAGGGUGGAUUCUCCCAGGCGCAAAUGGCCCAAAUGAAGAUGGGCAUGAUGCCACCACAGAUGCAGAUGCAAAUGCAAGCCAACCAUCCUCAAAUGCAAAAUUUCCAACAGCAACAACAGCAGCAGAGAUUCCUCCAGGCGCAGCAACAGGCGCAAGCCGCUCAGAUGGCUGCAGCCAGCCAGAGGGCAGUCGCUCAACAGAUGCAAAUGUCUAGAUCCCAGGAACAAACCACCCAAGCUCCACCACCACAGCCGACUCCGGCUCCGCAACCCGUUCCACAACCCGCACAGCAACCUCCACCCACCCCCCAAGCCCAAGCUCAACCUGCGCAACCCAAGCCUCAGCCACAACCUGUGCCGACGGCGAACAAUCCACAGCAGCAACAGCAAGCACAAAGUGCACAGCACCAGCAGCAGGCUCAAAACCAGCAGCAGCAGCAAGCCCAACAGCAGCAGCAGCCACAGCAUCCGAACCAGCAUCAAAAUCAACCUGCCAAGACUGCCGAAGGAGACGACGAGCCACAGAUUAAGCAGCAACCAGACAUGAGCAACAACAUGAUGAUACCGGAUUUGUCCAAGACGGAUCUGCUCGGUGGCCAAUGUAUCCUACAGUUGAUUCUAUGGCAGGAUAUCCUCGCCAAUCCGGAAAGACCCAACGAUUUGGACUACUGGGAAGAUACUAUGAGAAAAUACUUUUCACCAUUCGCCUCGAUCCGUCAGCAGCUGUGCAGCAAUAAGAAUGACACUGACAAGUCCUUCCAGCUUCCUUUCCCAUGCCUGGCACGAUACUAUCACUCGCACUUUGCGAGUGGCGUCAAGCAGAUCUUUCUGCAAUCCUAUGACCACAAUCAAAAUAAGCUGAGCAACGGAGGAGUUCAUAUCUGGAGUUCACACGCCAGCUUGACUUAUGUCUUCACCAACGACAUCCGAGUAUCGACAACGGGCCAACUUCGAGUGACUUUUGACGAGAUGCAAAAGAUCGACCACUUGAACAUCAGCACUACUGGUUGGCAGGAAUACAUUCCUCGCAGCGCAUUAAUCACUGUUCCAUCGCCAGAGGUCAAGCAAAGUCCCAAGAUCACCAACAAGAAUUUGAAACGAACACAGGGCAAAGGCAGCGGCCCAAGUUCUUCCCCGGUGAUCCCGAGUUCGGGUGUUGGAGAGUUUGGCGUGCCUAAUCACAUCUUCCAGUUCCUCGAGGUGGCUGAAGUCAUGACUGCCAUGGGUCCGAUCAUGGACUACUAUAACAGUCAUCCUGGAGUAGAACCCAAAGACGCAUUGUACAAAGUCACUCUAGAAAACACUCAAAGCAUGACGAACGCAAACAACGCUCGCUUGCAAAACCAGAUGGCUCGAGCCGCGAAUGGCCAUGUCCCCGUCGGCAUGUUUCCGAACCAGAUGAACCCCGCAGGCAUGAAUGUGCCUAAUCAGUUCAACUCUCCAGCAAUGGGUCACUUGGGAGUGCCACAGGGACAAGGUUCGCCCAUGCUGGGUGGACCUAACCACACGCCAAGUCCUGCGCAGAAUCCAGCUGCUGGCGGUGUGGCCAUGAUCCAUCAAAUGAGCGCACAAGGAUCGAACCUCAGUGGAAGUCAGGGGCCCAGCACGAACACCAGCCCCAACGUGUCAAACAAGCGUCGACGGGCCAGCCAGGUCAAAGAAGAGAACGACGGCGAAUCGAUUACUACCAACAAGGUCAAACCCAGCCCAAAGAUCAGUGGCAAGCGUCAAAAAGGCUCAUAGAGUGCAGUCUUUGAACACCGUCAAAAGAUAGUGCAGAGACAACCAUGCUGCCAUGGGGGAAAAUGCAGGUCGAUGCCCACACGGCCAUUUUGACUAUGUCGCUGGAGUUUGUUUCCGCGUUAUGGGGAACUAGAGCUGGCCACCCGCAGACGCCUGUCUGAAUAUUUGUCACGUUUCUGCGAGGCGUACUAGAGUUCUGGAUACCGUUGUUGCGAUAAAACCCAAGGCUCAUUCUCGGAGAAAGGGCAGUAGAAAUCGAUUGCAUUUCAGAGUCGGGAGGGAAUCACCCCAGGAAACAUCAAAGCCUGGGCCGAUUUUUUGGCUUGGACAGGUCAGGAGCAAAGUGCUCUUGGAUAUACCAAUCUUUGGGUAUGGGAUCAAUCAGACGACUUGGACUGAAGCUCGGAUUGGAUUGUAUCAUAUUGUUAUUUUGUCGAUAUGCGUUGGUUAGUACCGACGAGUCAUUUGAGAUUUGGUACGAGGAGAAUGGCGUUACUGUUACGCGCACCGAAAGCGACGGAGAAGGAGGAUAGAGGAGGGUGAGGCUUCUCUCGGUUCGAAAAUCGGUGACGUGAAUGGACGCAUGGAACGGAUGGAGAGAUGGUCUGAUGAGAUAUAGGCGCGCCUACGGAUGUCCUUUGCAAUGAUUCCAGCGUGGAAGAAGAGAGACGGAGGAUAGAGAAAGGAGAAGUGAGAAUGGAGAAGGGAGAAGAAAGAAGAAAGAAUACAGAAGAGAAAAAGAUGGUCCCUCAUGUGCGUAUGUGCUAUGGAACUUGGAGAGAGGAAUUAGGUCAUGUUCUGUGAUGAGGGAGAGAGGCUCGUGGAAUUAUGCAGAGUCAUGGAAACCGUAUCAGAAAGCUUUUUCAUA